GCGGGCGAGCAGGCGCGCGGUUGCUAUGGCGGUUGGGAACGCGGGAAGGCCGAGGCGUCCCCGCCCCCUCCCCCCUCCCACACCCCCUGGGAAACCCCGAGGGGGGCACACACGGAGACAGGGAGGGUGAGGGAGACAGGUUGGGAUCCUGAGGCCGCUGUACGAUGCAGAUGGAUUCCCGCCUGGCUCCGAGAGGGCAGCGCCGCCGGAUGGACUCUCUGAUUCGAGCCGAGGAUCUGAUGAGCGACGUGGAGUUCCUGCCACCGUCCGCCCCCAGCUCUACCCCGCCCAGCCCGCACCUCACCUCGGCCGCCGACGAGUCCCGAAUCGGACUCUCCGCUGCCUCCGUCGCGGCCCGCUCCCUGCCCGGCAGCCCCCAUGCCAGCUUCGCCGCCGCCACCACCUCCACCUCCUCGGAGAUGCCGGCCAGGCUGCACUCCUCGCUGGGAACUGCCCGCUCGUCCUCUCCCCCUUCUUCCUCCGUAGGCGCCCCCUCCUCUCGCUCCAGAGAGACAUUGCAGCGGGGAGGUGGGACUGAUUUGGCGUGCUCAGGACUACCCUGGCAGCCUGACCCUGUGCUCAGGCUGACUGCCAGUAGCCAGACCGGGCUAGGCCACCUGCAUGAGGUGGCAGGGCCGGGCACCCACGAAACCGCCACCUCCCGUCGACCCAAGUCUGUCCAGUUUUCCGACGAGGCCCCUAGGCCGAUGGCAUCCCCUGGUCUGGAAGAACCGGCCAUGCAAGCGGUCCAGCAACUCUCCAAAAGGGCAGAAAGCAGCGACGGGACAAAGGGUGGAUCCAGGCACAUCUCGGAGAUGGAGUCAGUCCGCUCCCAUCUGCAGAACAUGUUGAAACUCUCCCAGGAGCUCACCUGCAGUGUAAGCCCCAGUUCCCCAAUGCCGAAGGGGAUUGACGACCAGCGAGAUGACGAUUCUUUUGAGAGUGACUGCACCAGUGCCUUACUCAGUGCCAAACCAUACCAGGAGAUUUCUGUCUCCCCGCCCUUACCCCUCCUGGGAUUGGAUGACGCUGCUCUCUUCCCUCGAUAUUCCCGGGUGCGGCUGGGUACGGGAGAGGGACUGGUGGCUGAAUCCUCCCUCUAUGAGAAUCAGAUUCUGAAAGACACCCUCGAUAAAGAGCGCACCAGGAGAAAACACUGCGAGAAACAGAUUCAGAGUCUUCAGAACAAAAUCCUGGAGCUCCAGCAGCAACUGGCUGUGGCGGUGUCAGCUGAUCGGAAGAAAGACAUUAUGAUCGAGCAGCUGGAUAAGACACUGGUGAAGGUGGUGGAUGGUUGGAAGAAACACGAUUCAGAGAAAUCGGAAGCCAUGAGGCAACUGCAGGAGGAUCGCGAGGCGGCAGAGAAGGGGCGCAGCAAGCAGCAACAGGCCAUGUUCAACUUGGAACAGCGUUUAUCUCAAGCAAACCAAACCAUGAUGAAGGAGCAACAAGAAAGGGGUCUGCUGGAGGAGGAGCGGGGCAUGUUGGAGGAGCAGAACCAGAAGCUGCAGAAGGCUCUGGAAGUGGAGCAGCAGCUCUGCCUGAGGCUUCGGGGUGAGUACGAGGCGGCAGAGAGCAGCAGGCAGCAUGAGUGGAAACAAGCCGAGGCAUUGCGCACCAAGCUUGCGGAGGAACGGGAGGCGAGCAGCCAACGCGAGAAGCAACUGGAGCAGAGGAUCACACAGCAGGAAGAAGAGCUUCAGAAGCAGCUGGAAAAAGAGAAGGCAAAUGCUCAACGUGAGACUCAGCGAGCACAAGACGCACAGCAAAUCCUUGGAGCUGUCCAAACAGAGCUGCAGAGAGUGGAAAUUGAGCUGGACACCGCAAAACGUGACAAGGAAAAUCUGGAGAUGGAGCUCAGCCUGGUCAAGGCACGCUCUGAAUCGCAGCGGGUCAAGAGCGAGACAGAGUUUAAGAUGGCCCUGGAACAGCAGGUGACUGAGCGCCUGGCAGCCGUGCAUGAAGACAGCACCCGGCAGACGGCCGCUGUGCGGGAGCAGCUCAGGAAACAGAUCAUGGAAAUGGCUACACAACAUGAGGUCGAGAUGGGUAAGCAGCUAGCUGAGUUCAAAUUGGAACUGCAGGAGCGAGAGGAGAGGCACCGUGGCGUGGCUGAGGGGUAUGAGAUCAGGCUGGCGAAGGUGCAGGAGGAGAUGGGCAGACUCCUCACCGCUAAGAGGAAGCUGGAGGUGCAGCGAGGUGAGAUGGUGAUCAAGUUGCAGAGCAUGAUGCAGGCACACUGGAACGAAGCACUGAAAGUGCUGAUGUCUGAAGGCUCGCCCCCAGGCCUCCAGAGAUUCUCGCAGCAACCUGCCCUUCAUCACGACCAAGUGCCUGUUUAUACGGAACUUAACCGCACAACAUCGGCCUCGGAAGCCAUCAACAACUUGGAUCUCUCAUCUUCCUCUACAGUGCCUUACCCUGUCCCAACCUCAGACACUGACUGGCUGAAGCAUUCCUCCGAAAGCAGGGACACUCAUGCGUCUGGCGCCCAAGUGCACAAGAAUCUGGUCAAACUGCAGCACUCUGCCUGUGUCAGCCAAAGGGAGGAAUCCCAUUUCUCCACGCUGGCUCCAGAUUGCAAGUUUCAGGGAGACAGGAUUGAGGGCGGACGACCCUCCUACACUAACCGAGAGGCUUGUGUAUUCGUGGAUAAUUCCACAUUGGAUGUUCAUAGCUUCCACGGUUCCUUUCCUCAGGGCGUUCCCUUGCAGCCCGUGGUACAGGCUCCCUCUCACCAACUGGCAGCCAAAGACCCGGAGUCUAAACCGUGUCCCAACAACCUCAGCAGACAUCGUACGCUGGCUUCAACAGCUGCCGAAACUCUGAAGCCCCUGAUGAAAGGGGGGGGUUACCCGCAGCAGGGUGGCCCCCCGCACUGUGGUGACCAGCCACCACUGUCUGGGAACUUGUGUUUCUCUGAGCAGAGCCAGAAUCAGUCAGUGAUGCUCCCUCUGCUGCCCUACCAUCCAUCAAUGGAAGACCUCAGCCAAUUGUUAAAUUACAGCUUCCUCAGUCACGGCAGCUUCCAGCCUCUGGAGCCACAGGUGGAUGAGACCAUGGUGACAGCCUCUGGGGCCCAUCCAGACGAGCUGGCUGAGCACCCAUUCACUGACGACGCUGAUGACAGCAGACUAACCCACGAUCAGCUGGCCAGCGAGGGUGGAACCACCAAGAACAGCAGCUUUGAGUCAUCAGGUGGACAGUCCUCCUCCCAGGAGCAGAACUCCCAAAGCAGCGAGCUCCAAUAUUACAUCCAGAUGCUAUUAGACCGGUCGCCCGGGGAUCCGGUGGAAACUGGUGCAGAACCCGAGAAGCCUAAUGUAGUUCAGGAUGAUGUGGUGUCCCAGCAAGGAGGAUCUCAGGUCUUGCGCGAUUGCCCCACUGUCUGGGAGAGUGCCAAGCCCCAGCCGAUGAGGCAGUUCCUGGCAGGGCAGAGCAGCAAGCCUUCCAGCAAGGCCGUGCAGAAAGUGAAAGUUGACCCCUCAGAGGCUGUCCCUUUGCAGCGGGCGCUCGGAUCCCGAAGUCCUCAGAAAUCAGGAUCUUCAGGUGGAGUGCUGUCUCCCAAGCAGAUUGGAGAGCUAUCACGACUGCUAAGCAUGCACCACAUCGCCUCCAACCGACCAGCUCCAGCUAUGGAGGAGCUCUUCACCUACCUGAGGGGCAUCCAGCACGACAGCCCGGAUGGUUCAGAGGCGGUAGCUGCAUCUGCUCGAAGAAACUUGGAUCAGAAAUUAAACCUCAUGGUCAAAACAGAGGGCUCAUCUGUGCAGAACAGCCAAAGACGGUUCGUGGCAAACAAGACAGCGACGGAAAAGAGCUCCAAUUCAAGCAAACCGGGGAAGAAACCUAUGCAGAACAGCCAAUCAGGCAGCAAAGGAGUUAAAACAACAGUCUGGAGAUGAGUUGAGGCAAAGCUAAUUUCUGACACCAGGGAAUAAUUCCAGUGAUCAAUGAAUCCCAAUGCUCUGAUCUGGUCAUUGUAGCCCAUUUGUCCAAGCUGGAGAUUGUGGGGGAACUGAUUGGCAAGACAAUUGGAUCAAGUUUCUCCUUGUGCCUAAUUUUGCAGUAAUCUUGAAGGAUUGGCAUGUGAUUUUCAAUGCUGGCAUGCACUGAGUGAUCAAUGUACCAAGCUCAUGAUGUUCGUUCUGUGUCAUCUGGUAAAGGUACCAUAUAAUAGCAACAGCAAAACCUAACAGCAGGUGGCUGCUGAAUUGUUAAAGGGAGAUUCUGAAGGUGGGGCAUGCUACAGUCUGAAGCACGUCGAUAAGAAUGUCUACAGGGAUCUAUAUGCUGCAAGUAACCAGUAUUAUACCUCCUGUCCCAAAUAUAAGUAAUGGUAUGUGUCUCCAGGAUAUCUGAAUGGAAUUGUAGUCCAUUGAGAUAGAAAGGGUUGGAUUUUUCAGUUCAUAACUUACUCCAGGAAUUCAUUGUUCCAAUUACUCUCUGGCAAUUAUUCUAUGUUGCAGUGUAUUAUGUGAUUGGGCUGUGAAUGCUAUGAAUUAUGUUUAGAUUAACCUCCAAAUAUUUUUAAAGACCUU